AUGGCCGACGCAAGUAUGUACACCGACGACACGGCGGUCGACAGCAGCAGCACUGUGGGCGGCAGCAGCAGCGAUGACGACGAGCGCUCGAACCAACAGGAACUCACAGCGCGAGGGAGCUCCGAGAGGCAAGGGCAGCUCAGCGAUCAAGAUACCGACUUAGACCGCUCCUCCUAUUUUGUUGUCUCGGACCCUAACUACACCUAUGAGGCUGUCCCGGCUUUCACGCCGGAUGUCAACCGAACAGCGUCAAACCACAAGAAAAUUUAUGGCAAGCCGAUGUCUGUAGGGGAGGUUUACGAGCCUAGUUUCAGGUCUACCAACCAUGAAGACGCAUUUCUAGCCGCCCUUCCGCUCUACGAGAUGCAUGCGCAGUUUCAGAAUGACGAUGACUCGAGUUACAUCUACGCGUGGUUGCAAGUGUCCCUAAAAGCCUCGAAGAUAACGCUGUCUAUGAUAAAGCAUCGAUAG